GUCAACAAUACAUGAUCACUGUGUUGUGCACGUCAGUCUGACGCCUCAAUCCUUCCCGUGCACACAAAAUUUCUUAUCCUCCCCUCUCCAUCUCUCCCUGCCUCCCUCCUGCUCAGCUACUACUACUAGUAGCUAUGCUGCCAUGGAAUCGAGCUGCUCCGUACAGCUAAUUCUUCACCAUCAACCUACUCCAUCCUCUCUGCUCACUCUGAAUUCUCAAGGUAUAGUUCUCAUCAGGUAGAUGGCCAUGGAAGCAGCAGAUGAGGAGAGGGCGCCUCUGCUUCAACCUCAACCUCAACCUUCACGGGGGGAUGCAGAUUCAGAGUAUACAGGUGAUGGAUCGGUGGACGUCAACAACCAGCCUGCUCUCAAGCGCAGCACGGGGAAUUGGAGAGCAUGCUUCAUGAUCCUAGGUGUCGAAUUCAGUGAGAAUUUGGCUUACUAUGGGAUCUCCAAGAACCUGGUGACCUACCUCACCAAGAUUCUCCACGAGAGCAAAGUGAACGCCGCGAGGAAUUCCUCUGCUUGGUCGGGCGCCUGCUACCUCACGCCACUCUUUGGAGCUUUCUUGGCUGACACAUAUUGGGGGAAAUACCGGACUGUUCUUACUUUUCUCCCGAUUUACAUCCUGGGAUUGCUUACUCUAAUGGCGUCGACGUCACUCCCAUCCAGCAUGACGUCCUCCGACGCCGGUCACCAGCUUCACAGCGUCGCCGUCUACCUCGGGCUGUACCUCGUCGCCUUCGGGAACGGCGGCGUGAAGCCGUGCACGUCGGCGUUCGGGGCGGACCAGUUCGACGGCGGUGACGCGGCGGAGCUGAGGAGGAAGGGGUCCUUCUUCAACUGGUACACCUUCAUGAUCAACAGCGGGUCGCUCCUGGCGUCCACGGUGCUGGUCUGGCUGCAGGACAAUGUGGGCUGGGGGAUCAGCUUCGUGAUCGUCGUCGUGGUCAUGGCCUUCUUCCUCGCCGUCUUCUUCGCCGGCUCGAGGGUUUACAGGUACAGGCCGGUCAGGGGGAGCCCACUCACCGGUGUCUGCCAGGUGGUGGUCGCCGCCGUCAGGAAAUGGCAUUUGGAGUUGCCGGAUGAUAGCUCGCUUCUGUAUGAGGCUCAAGUCGCAGAUCACCGGAUUAAGCAUACUGAUCAAUUCAGGUUCUUGGACAAGGCUGCGAUAGUGGUGACACCAUCGUCGUUAAGCGGGGAGAAGGGUAACGUGGCAGCGGCGGCGGCGCCGGUGAGCCGAUGGCGGCAGUGCACAGUGACACAGGUGGAGGAGGUGAAGAUGCUGGUGCGGAUGUGCCCCAUCUGGGCAUGCCUGGUGCUCUUCUUCUCGGUGAGCAGCCAGAUGUCGUCGACGCUGGUGGAGCAAGGCACGGCCAUGGACAACCGCGUGGGCCCCUUCACCAUCCCUCCGGCCUCGCUCGCCACCUUCCACUCCAUCGGCGUCCUCCUCUGGAUCCCCGUCUACGACGUCGCGCUGGUGCCCCUGGCGCGCCGCGCCACCGGCAAGCCCAAGGGGAUCACGCAGCUGCAGCGCAUCGGCGUCGGCCUCGCCGUGGCCGCGCUCAUCAUGGCCUACUCGGCGCUGGUCGAGGAGCGGCGGCUGGCGGCGGCGCGCGCCGGCGCCGCCAGGACGAGCAUCCUGUGGCAGGUGCCGGCGCAGCUGAUGCACGGCAUGGCGGUGGUGUUCACCAGCAUCGGCAAGUCGGAGUUCUUCUACGACCAGGCGCCGCGCUCCAUGAGGAGCAUGUGCACCGCGCUCGGCCAGCUCGCCAUCGCCGCCGGGAACUACCUCAGCGCGUUCCUCCUCGCCGUCGUCGCCUCCGCCACCACGCGCGGCGGCGACCCCGGAUGGAUCCCCGACGACCUCAACAAGGGACACCUCGACUACUUCUUCUGGCUCAUGGCUGCUCUCUUGCUCCUCGACCUGCUCUUAUUUGUCUUCUGCGCCAUGCGAUACAAAGGGAGCACUGCUGCUUCUUGAUCGACCCACCCAAAAAUGUCACUCUAUGUAUGGCAUUUGUAGGACUGUACAAAAAUUGAAUUCGAAAAUAUUUUAUGAUUCACUAAUAUUACAUAGAUGAACCCCUUUAACUGCACGCCAAGUGUGUAAAUGCAACCUCAGACACAAAGCAUAUUUAAUUUACAACCUCUUGUAACUACUAACUAUUGAUACAAAAUAGAGCUCUUUUUUCAUC